AGAGACAGAGAGAAAGAGAAGAAAGGUAAAGUGAAGGAAAAGUGCAUGAGAUGAUUUGAUUCCAUUGGAUUGCAGUACUACGGUUCCUACCACAAAGUAGGAAUUAAAUUGAAUUGAAUUGAAUUUGGAAAAAGAGGGGCAGCGAUUCAUGACACCCCUCAAACUCACCGCAACAGCUUCUUCUUUCUACGUCCGCACAACCGCAUCCGCCCCCAAACCCAAACCCUUCUUCUUACGCACAUGGCCCUCCACUACUUCUACUACUAAAACAACCACCGUUUUCUAUCAUCAACGCACUGGGCGCACGAUAACACCCUGCGCCAACAUCAUGCUUCCCCCUUCCCAAGGCUCCACACGCAAAUCCGUCACUUUCGCCCCUCACAACAACAACUCCUUCUCCCGAUGCAUCUCUUCCGACACCGCCAAGGAUCCCGACACUCGUGGGCCUGGGCCCGGGCCCGGCCCAUUACCAUCGCACUCAGAGCCUUCCAAACUGCUCACCUUGCCAACAAUGCUAACUCUAGGUCGCGUGGCUUCCGUGCCUGUUAUUGUUGCUACUUUCUAUGUUGAUGCUCCGUGGGGACCAGCUGCCACCACGAGCAUUUUCAUUGCGGCAGCUGUCACCGAUUGGCUCGAUGGCUAUCUCGCUCGCAAGAUGAAGCUGAAAUCUUCAUUUGGUGCAUUUUUGGAUCCGGUAGCUGACAAGCUUAUGGUUGCUGCUACAUUGCUCUUGUUAUGUAGCAAACCUUUGGAUGUUGCUGCGUUUAGUCAAGCGCCGUGGCUUCUCACGGUACCUUCAAUUGCCAUCAUUGGCAGAGAGAUAACCAUGUCUGCAGUCAGGGAAUGGGCUGCUUCCCAGGAUACUAAGCUUUUAGAGGCUGUUGCAGUAAAUAAUUUGGGGAAGUGGAAAACAGCCACACAGAUGACAGCAUUAACCAUCCUACUUGCUACCCGAGGCUGGAGCGAUGGAGGUGCUGCCCUUGUAGUUGGCUCUGGCGUUGGUUUGCUCUAUACUUCAGCGGGCCUUGCUGUAUGGUCGUUGGUUGUGUAUAUGCGGAAAAUAUGGAAGGUAUUGAUGAGGUAGUAUGCUUGUUCCUCCAUGAAUCCACAUUCAAUCACUUCUUAUUCGGAUUUGGCUCUCUAUAGAGUAAUUUCUUGACUACUAAUGUCUUGGAAGGAGGAUACAUCUUUAGUGGCAUAUAUAUGUAAUUUGUCAACUCCACAUGGCGCCAUUUUUUCUAUUCCUUAUAUUGUCUCUUAUUGUCUCUUACCUUUAAACGGGGGUAAGAAAAGAGGGCCAUAAGUAUAAGUAGACGCUAUCACACCCAUUUUGAAUCUCCUAACUAGAACUAUGGAGUCUCCUAAAGUUUGUGACCAGGGGAAUUUCACCACUAGGAAUUUUGUAUGAUCAUAGCUGACUUUAAAUUUAUUUGGGUUUAUUGCUCAAUGAUAUUUAAAUAAAAGGUCUUAUAUUUUUUAUUUUAA